AUGGCCCAACCGGCUCCAGCGAGUUCGCUGAAGCGAAAGUUCAAUGAUGAGCGAUCCGGCCCAAGCACAGAGGAAAUCGAGAAGAUAUCUCGUUCAGCAGCCAUAUAUGAUCGAGAGUCCAAAUUCUACGCCAUAUACUCUCCCACCAUCAAACCCAAAGAUCUUCAAGCUCUCGACGAAAUUACUACUGCGUCACACAAAGUUGUUGGCUUUAGGAGGGAGAGUAAUCAGCAAAGUAUCAACAAAGCGAAACUCUUCGUCACAGGUUCCGACGAUGAUGGCGAGAAGUAUGCUGGGAAGAAGAUUGAAAAGGCGCUCGAGGCUGCGGAUGUGAUCGGUUCUUGUGUCGUUGCUCGCUGGUAUGGUGGUGUCAUGCUCRGACCGGUUCGAUUUGAGCAUAUUGAGAAUUGCGCCAAGGAAGCUAUCAGUCGCUAUCGAGAGCAGGAGGCAGAGAGGCAGUCGAAGAAGAGAAGACUGGAAGAGGAGCAGCUGGAGCACUCCAAGCUGUCAAAAAGCCUCAAGGAGCGAGAUGAAAGCAUCGUCGUCCUGAGGACUCUUGCUGAUCGCAAAGAAAAGGCGGCAAAGGGAGUUUCCACGGAAGAAGAUGGGGCCAAGGCCUCAGAUAGCGUACCAGAGGGUGAGAAGGCCCAAGCCCCGGCGAAGACGGAAAUCGACUACACUGUGAUGCCACUGCAGCGGCUGCGGGGUCUAGCAAAGGCACGAGACGCUACGCUGUCUUUCCUACUUGCACGGAUUGACAAAGCUGAGACGGCCUCCGGUGGAUUGGGUGUGGAAGAGCCACCGUGA